CGUCAUUUCCGUAAACAAGGCAACUGAUAAAAUGAAUUUUUGCGCCUGUUUUGCUUAUUUUUCCCUCUUAUUUUCCCACACUUAAUGUGUACGAACAAUGUCUCGUCCUGAAUUAUCCGUCACGAGCUCUAAAGACAUUGAAAAGUCUUGCGUGGAUGAAAAUUCAGAAAAGCGUGGAGAUGACAGUUCUGAUAAAAGUCCAAAGUAUUUGAACAAUGACCGCAGCAGUCCAGAACCAUGUGUGAGGGACCGAGUGUUAAAGGAGGUGGGAUUCACCAGCACAGCUUUCAUUGGUCCCGCAUUUCCUCCAGAGGUGCCAAAAGCAAAGCCUGAUUUCAAGGAUUCUUUAAGUGAGUUUUACAAAGAGAUUGAGAAGAUCGACACACUUGAUGGAGCUAAUAAUAACCCAGGGAAACACGAUGUUCAGCCACUCAAACCUUCUGAAACAUCUACCAGAAAACAGAUUGUGCCUGCAGAGAACAUGGUUACCAGAGACAAUACUGAAGAAACAGAUGGUUACCAGAAAAAUAGCAGACAAACACAUAAGUCCUGGACUCACUGGUAUCACAAUGAACCAUACCACCUAAACAGAAACACACCAGAGAUAAACUGUGACAGAUCUGUUUCUAACCAAAGCCAGGGGCAUUAUCCUCACCCACAGAACAGACCAACACAGCCAAGAUUUCACAGACCACCAUUCCCUACCCAAUCACACCAGUCUGCAUUCCCAAAUCCACAGCAUCUGCCUCAACAUAUAAAUCUUCCCAUGAACAGUUCAGGAAUGGCAAACCAGUAUCAUAAUGAAUCUAAUUUUCCUGCAUUUUUUUGCUUCCCAUCCCCAAAUCCAUGCAGUCACCCUUCUCAGGGCUUUUAUGGAAAUUUUCCACAACACUUUGGUAGGGGUGACCAUAGUUGCAACUAUGACACAAACUCAGAUAAUGCAGUUGUUGGGUGGUCUAGAGACAGAAGAGAAGAUUGGUCUUGGAAUGAUGAAGAUUAUGACAGGCCACAAAAAUUUGAUUCAGAAAAUGAAUCAUGGGAGCAACAGCAUCACCACAAACCCCGUGAUGGUACUCACACAUAUCACUCAGCUUCAGUGCUGAUUUUGAUGAGAGGAUUACCAGGAUCUGGGAAAACAACACUGGCCAGGGAGCUGCUCUCCACUGGUCCUAGUGGGGUAAUUUUGAGCACAGAUGAUUAUUUUGCUUACAAAGAUGGCUACCGCUAUGACCCAGGACUUCUUGGAGCAGCACAUGAAUGGAACCAGAGCAGAGCUAAAGAUGCCCUGCAUGACGGACGCUCACCGGUUAUCAUUGAUAACACAAACCUUCAAGCUUGGGAAAUGAAGCCAUACGUCAGAAUGGCCUUGGAGAGAGGAUACAAAGUGGACUUUUGUGAACCAGACACACGCUGGAAAUUUGAUCCUUAUGAGUUGGAGAAGCGGAACAAGCACAGUGUUCCUCAGGACAAGAUUGCACAGAUGAUGGAUCGCUUUUCAUUUCCCAUAUCCAUAGACAUUGUCAUGAGUUCACAAGAACCGCCUCAUGUGAACCAGAGACGCCAACCAGAGCAGCCACAGAUGACUAGUAACAAACUAUUAUUCCAUUAAUUUCUACAGGAAUUAACUAGCUGAUUGAUUUUACUUGAAGAGCAACAUGUUUGUACUUAAAUAUAAAUAUGAUCAGCUGAUGUUUCCACAUGAUUUUUAAUUUAUUACUUUGUAUAUUUGAAAUUCAGAUGAAAAGAAAAGAUGCAUAUUUUUCCAGUCAAUCUUUUAUUAUUAAUUUUUUAUACUUUUCCAGGGAAAGAUAAUCUCAGUUGUUUUUGUAUUAAAUGUCUGAUAUUUGGGACUAUCCUUUGUUCUUUGCCUGCAAGAUGAAAACCAAAAGGUUGUUCUCACUUGCAUCCAGUCAAUUCCCAAAUUUUUUGAUAACCUGCUUGUCGGUCAAAUUUGGUGUCUUCAGAUUUCUGUAAAUUCCCAGAAAAAUGUCAGCUCAGUUUCAUAAGUCAUUUCUCUCUCUGGUUAUGCCAACAUGUAGCUUUUUUUUCUUUCUUUUU